ACGCAGGACGUGCAGCGGUUCAAAGAGGAAGGAAGAUGGCGGAUAACAAAGGCGAGGAGGAUAUGGAACCGUCCGUUAAUUCGGACUCAGUGCCUUCAGCGCCAGAGACUGAGCUGCCAGAGACGACAGGCGACGAUGCGGUAACAAUUAAUGAGGCAAAUUCAAAGGGCGGCGAAGAAACAGAGACCCACGAUCACGCUACAGAGGCACCUACACCCACCAGCGACGGAGGGAACGCUAGCGACGGCGGGGCUGCUGGCGCGGGAGGGGAAGCGAAUGGUAGCGCUAGCAACGCCGAGAGCCCGUCUGAAAACAGCACCGCCAAUGCAGAACCAGCGGCUUCUGAAAGCGUUACCGCCGGAGAUGCUCCAACUGGUGGACUCACAACCGAAAUGUCCCCCCCUCCUACGGCACCAGCGGCCACACCGGUACCAGCUCCCAUUAAUUUACUGGAUACGUGCGCAAAGUGUAAACAAAGUCUACAGAGCCGGGACUGUGAACCAAAACUUCUGCCUUGUCUGCAUUCUUUUUGCCUCAAAUGUAUCCCGCAACCAAAUAGACAGAUAAGCCUGCCAGUGCCUGGACCACACGGGCAACCUGAAACACACAUAGGUGAGUGUUUGGCGAGCACGAAGCGUCAACCGUACUUCGGUCUAACGUUACCUGUGCACGGCCAUCUGUUCUGUGAGGAGGUGUUAGUCAAGACGAGAUGUUGUGAGGGCGGUGGGCAGGUGAGAAGAACAAUAAAUUAAAGUUUGAUUUGAUGACAACAGGCUCAGUGACACCCGUAUAGCUGCCUGACAGUACUGGAAUGAUUUUUAUAUCUAGACCUUUGGAUAGUGUAAUGUGGCGAGUGUCUCCUUACAUGAAAUACACCGUACGGGGUGUGAUAUGAGGUUGUUUUCACUAGGGUGCCCCAAUCAGGGCACCUGUGUUGGGGUGACACACAUUAUGCACACACACAUGUGAAUGUCUCAAUUAAUCACAUCCACUAUAUGUUCAGGUCACACAUAAGAGUGUGUGUAUAUGUACUUAAAAAAACACAAGGACAUCAUAUGAAUCUUUUUUAGUAAAAUUUUCACAGACUAAAAAGAAAGUACUUACAGGCAUAGUGUGUAGUAAUGUGAGUAUUAUGUAAUAUCUAGUAGUCAGAUUUCAGAUUGAAAUGCUCCCUUGCUCACCCCUCCUGUUAGUGAAGUGAUGGUGGCCUUCAGGGGAAAAAAAAGCUUCUCUGAUGCAUGAUCAGUAUUAACUUCCAUGUGUUAAGUUUUACCAUCCUUUUCUGUCAAUACAAAUGAUCUUGUAGCAGAAAAAUCACAUUGCUUUCAUCUUCCAACAGGUGCUUUUUGGUAGCACCUCACUGUAAACACAUGUAGUACCAGUUUGUUCUGUGCUGUAGUAGAAACAUGGCUGUGCAAAAUGACAGUCUCUGUGGAAGAGGAUUUGCUCUCAUGUCUACACAGAAAGCUCAUUCUGAGUAAUUUUUUAUGUCCAGUGAUGUUAUUAAAAGAAGAACAAUAGUGCAGUCACAAAAUAAAUUGAAUUUUUUAUUAUGUCCUUCAAAGGACCCAAGGCUGCUGUAUAAAGGAAAGUGAACUUAUUACAAAUUCAUAUUUACUUAUGAAUAUUAUCUUCGUUAUCAAGUCUCUUCUCUUAAACAAUAACUACUACAUAACUGAAACAAACUCCUGCAUGGUAAUAGCAGUCAAAAUUACAUAUUAGCAACAUUUAAAACACUAGUGACAAAUGCAGUACUGUCCAAUUUAUCAUUAGACUAUAAAGCUGGUUUUCCUACGCCUGAUCUUUUUUUAAGUUAACAAAGCUUGUUUUCUCACAAUGAGGAGUUUCUAUUGUCAUGGGAAAACCAACUUUGUUAUCCAGAGUUAAUGAAAAAAAAUUAUUUAGAACUUGAGAAAACGACUGAAAUUGGCUUACACUGUAAAUCCAUCAUGGUUAUCUUGAGAUAAUGAAACGGUCAGGGGUGCAGUGGGUUGUAUGUGCUGGCAUUCAGUGGAACGGAUGAUAAAAAUAGAAUAGAAAAUUCAAAAGAUUGUUUAUAUUUGUACAUCAUCAUUUGAAUAUAAACCUUUUUCUUGUCAAACAAGUCUGUUACAUACACAGAAGGAGAAGUUCCCCAUCCACAGAUGCUGCUAUCCAACAUCGCCAUAAUUUUAUACAGCACAGAACGGACAAACGAGUAACAUAGAAUGGUCUUGAUUUAGGGGGUGGCCACCGAAAUGUACCAGCUGGAGGAUGAGAAAGAUGAGAGGUUGUUGCUGUGCGCAAAAGAAUCUGUACUUGUUUGUUUUUGUUUCUUAUAAACUUGACAAAUGAAGGACCAGACGUUUGCUUUUAGAGCUUCACCAACAAUGAAUCAUUUCAGUCCAGAAUGUGACCUCUAGGUAUAGCUAAAUAAUCCAAUUUUAUGCACUGCACCUUUUAAUUCAAAAACAACCAGAAAGGAGUUCAUAUCUCAGGAAAACAGAGUAACUGAAAUGUGUGUUUUCAUGUCUGCUUGGGGUUUCUUUAUGAAAAGGCAAACGCACGAGUGAUAACAAAUUUCCAAACAAGUGAAAGUGAUAAAAGACCGCAGCAUAUUUGGUGCUAACUGGCAAGGGAAGACUGAAACAGUAAGUGUUUGUCUGAAUGCUUUAAAGAGCAAAAUCUAAAUAGUAGAUUCAUAAGAAAUAAUGUGAUAUAUAUAUUUAUAUCUAUAUAUAUAUUAUAAUAUAUAUAUAUAUUUACUUGAAAUAGAAACACAUUGGCCUGGAUGGCUAAUAUAUUACACUGAUGGUUUUCCAUUAUCACAAUCUGAAAUCGAGGGUUAUCUUAGCUGAAACAUUUUAGAUGCAUUUUGAUUAAUUCAUAAAUGAAAGAAAUACAUUAGUGAUGCUUCAGAUCUCAGAACAUGAUUUUUAUGGAAGAAGCAGCAUUAUAUCAUUUUUCCCUGGAUAAUGCCAACAAUGAGCCAGGAAGGGAUUUGUUACACUGUCAUCCAGCAUAGAGAUAAGAGAUCUGUCAUCAUUUACACUGUUGGACACCAGCCACACUGAUAAGGCUGCCUGCAGUGUCUGCAGGCUUUUCUUUUUCAAUAAGGCUUGUGAGUGCUGGCAAUAGGCUGACACCGAUUAUUAUAGAAUGAAUGCCUUAAUUAGCUUAAUUACGCGACAUGGGAAAAGACAGCCUCAGCCCAACGGAUUGAUUGGUCUGUCUGUAGUUACAAUUUAGAUUUGGAUAUAUACUCUCCUGAUGCAUAAUUUUAAUAUCAAUGAUCCGAUAUACACACCCAGAUAUCAUUGCUUUGCCUUAAUCAUUUGAUAUUUUGAUCAGAAGUCAUAAAAGUGAGCACAAUUCUAACAUUUUCUUUCCAUGGUUUCAACAAUUUAAAAAAAACAAUCUUAUCAAGAGUUACAGAGCCGGAAUCUUUUCUUAGUCCAGUCACUAUGUUUACUCCCUUAUGACUUCUGUAGGAUGCAUGCACCCCAUCCCAGUCUGCUUAGUGGACUUCAUGACAUUAAGGAUCUUUUAGAAAUCUCAUCAGAAACCUGGCAAAGGUCCCUUAAGUCAAAUAACAAAAGAUCAGCUGAUGAACUAAAAGUGUCUUCCUGGAAGCAAAACUAAGGUUCGAGUUUUGUUUUGACUUCUCUAAAGUGAAAAUAGACUGGGUCAAGAGGGAAUGCUCUGUCCUUAAAGUGAGUCUUAGAGCUGGAAAGCCUCUUUAACAACUCUAAAACUGUUACAGAAAUAUGUGACAUAUUACAAAUUUCAGCCACUUCCAUUCUAUACCACCAUCUGCUCUGCUAAAAUGAUCUGCUAGACUGCAGACUGUCCACACAGUAUUGUGGACAGUAACAGCAGGUCCUGCCCAAUUAACUGUGUCAUGAUAUUAUUUCUGAAUCUCCCAAGUUAUGAUUUAUGCAGUAAUAGUUCUGCAAAGAAACUCCUCAAAUCUGUUUACUUUGAAUUAAAUAUAUGCUGAUUCCGGUGUCCCUCUUAGCCCCCCAUCUGCUGGUAGGAUUGAGUGACAGUGCAGUGGCUGGACUCUAUUUUUUUCACUUUUACUGAUUAAUCUAUGUAAAUCUCCACAUAGUUUUUGCUGAGUCUUUGCUGCCAGUGGUUGAUGUUUUAGUAUAGUGUCUGUGCUGACACCAUACUGACAGGUGUCUAGUUUUUGUUUGUCACAACAAUCACUUUUUUUACAGUUUACAUCCAUAAAACACAACUUCAGUAAGUGAAAAACAGACCUAAGCACUGGGCUGUCUACACAAAUGAAGUAUCAGAUUUCAUGUUCAAUGCAGGGACUGUUACAUGUGUCUCAUGAUUGCUUCUCAUAUUACUCCUUCUCUUGGUUUGAGCGAGGGGUUUUACCUCCGUGCGAUACCUGCGAGCGUGUGGAGUGUAACUUUAUUAGUCAUUGUCCCAGAGGAGUUUUUUUUUUUUAAUCACAUGGUCUUAAUGUAGUUUUCAGGAAUUACAUUAGUAUUGGUUUCAGGAGAGACUCAGUGUCACAUGAUCUGAAUUGUAUGUACAGAUCUCAUGUCAUCACAAAGGAUUGCGUGUGAGGAAAAACAGGAGUAUGUUCUGUUUUAGAAAGAUUUUUCAUCAUCAUUCUCAGACCUUUCAUUUUUAAUUUGAAGCCACAGAUGCAGUGAGACUCAGCCCUACCUGGGCUCAGGAUGUGGGUUGUGGGUUUGUGUCACAAAAAUAUUAUAUCACCACUUUGACCUCUUGAAGUUCAACUCUGCUAAACAUUUAUUGGUAACAGGAUUUUUAGCUUUGACCACUGCGGAUUAUAAAUUAUCUCACCUUGCUUUGGUCAGGACACAGCGAGUGUACUGACUGAUCCUAAUAAUCCCUGCGCUCUAUUUGCUCAGAGAGAAAUAGGCUUAUGAUUAGUCAUUAAAAUUUGUGGUUUGCCCCAAAGCUGUAAUUCUGAGAGAUUGUUGAUGAAACGGUGUGGGCAUAGAAAGAGGAGAUAUUGAAGAUGGGCUCCACUGUUUUCUUCCUUUGCUACUGACUAGUUCAUAUCUAUAUCCUCUAAUUCUGCACCAGGUUUGUUAUAUGUUCCUUUACAGCUAGGAUGGGGUUGUACUGCCUGGAAGGACCUGGGGGGACUUCAGGGUUAGCUCAGAUUGCUCAGUACUAUGAAGGUGGUUUACAUCUUAUUGGGAUGAUCACCUUGACAACCAUACUGAAUGCCCAAUCUGCUCCAGGGCAGAUUAUGUUUUGGAAAAGAAAGCAGUACGUAGGAAACUCUGACCAAUAGUUUGUCUGACUAUAGACUUCUGAGAUGAUUGUGUGCAGAUGAGGAAUUAUUAUUUUAUUUGUAUUAUUUUAAACACCAGAGCCUAGGGUUGGAUGAUAAGGGAAAAAGUUUAUCACAAUAUAUUUAUUUCAUAUCAGUUGAUAUCAGUAUGUAUCAUGAUAAAAAAAACAAAUCACUUGUCAAUCUUUAAUGUUCCCUAUUACUCUUAAAUGAAAUUCAACAUGUACUUGACUUAAUUUGCAGUGCUAACUGCUCUACUUCAUGUCUGACCUCAAAAAAACAAAAUACCUCCACACCAUCAACGUUUUCAUGCCAGUGUUGUCAACAAUGUCGUCAUCUGUUGAGUCUUCAUCUGCAUUUCUGCUUUAGGUUGCACUCAUUUUCUUUUUCUCUCACCAACAGUGCUGUCGGCUUCACUUGUUAAAGUGCUAUGGUUGCAUGUAGCUGCAGCAUGUUACUAUGUAGUUUUUUGCUACUUGGUUCUAAUUAAGCACAUGAUUGGUUCAGCGCAGCGCAACCCGGAGCAACUUCCCUUUUCAUUGACAAUUCGUAUAGUCUACCAAAACAUGGCAGAAUGCUGACUAUCAAAAAGCAUAUUGACCAUGUUUUAUAUUUAUCUUGAGGGAAAUUAAUUUUUGAUAUAUAUCAUUUUAUUGCCCAGCCCUAGUUUGAAUGUGUGUAUUCAUGUUCACCUGUUUUUCCUUAUCUGUCAGUUCUUUUAUUUUCCAAAUGCAGCUGUAAUCACUGAAGUUAAAAUUCAUAAUUCUUCAGUUGCGUAGUUUGCUCUGAGUUUCUAAAAUAAAAUGAUCUGCUGAUGGCUGACUGUUUGAGUCAGUGAUCGACCAUAUGUCGUUUACACCCCUGGUUAUGUGAAUGUGUUCAAAAUAACUCUGGAUCAACUUAUCAGGUUGAUAACCUGCUUGGUGUGAGAUCUUCCGUAUCAGGAUUGGCGAAGCCAGACAACCAAAAAAAAAAAAAAAAAAGUUUAUUAAGCUCACCUCGUAAAACAGGUCUUGGUGAAAACCUGUAACGCUAAGUGUCUGGAAUCUUGAAGUAACCAGAGUAACCUGUCAGCCUGACAGGUUACUCUGGUUGAUACACCUGACAGUGUCAGGUGUAUCUGAAGGAUUCUUCAUGUCAUUCACAAAGGUUAAAGGUCAGUUAACCUGCCCAAAACUAACUGACUACAUAAAAAUCCUUCUUUAGUCUGAUUGCAUUCACAUUGCUUUGUCAUAAAAUGUUGUGUGAAAAUAGUAAUAAUGGUAACAACCUUUAACAUCACCUUUAAAAGCAAGACUGAAGAAAGUCGAUAAGAAAAAGAACCUCAACAAUAUGGCUGACAAAGCAAAACACUUCAAAGAUAUUUGUCAUAAAAAGAGCAGAGAAGUAAAAACAUAAAGAUGCAUUAGAGAGGAAACAGAGAAAUUUAGGAAAAAAGCUAUUAAACAAAGCAAAAGACAAAAAACUAAGUAGAGAGAUACCAAAGCAAUAAAAAACGCAUUAAAAAACAAAUAAAGGAAAUAAAUAAAAGCCUUAAAAAAAGAACGAAGGGAAAUUGGAAAUAAAAUGUCAGAGCAGAUAAGCAGCAAUAAAGAGAAAACAUCACAUAAAGCAACUCUACAAAAGUGAGUUUUAAAAAGUGAUUUAAUGGAUGCCACUGAUUUUCCGAGCCUCAUCUCCCUUCAGCAGGUUAUAUAAAAGCGGAGAGGCCCCGAUGGCAAGCUCAAAGUCCUGUAUAAAAAUCUGUGUUACAAAUAAACCUUUUAUGCUGGACAUUAAUCAUCACUUCAUCAAAGUCAAAAUGGAUUCUUGAAGGGUUGGUGUUAGUUUCCGAACAUGUCUUGUUGUAAUUUAUGAUGUUAAUUGUGUGUUUGUGAUAGCCGGCUGAUCUAUCACCUCUAGAUAGGUGAUGUCCUCUAAGAUUUCUUCUUUCCCUGCAUGUCUGGGAGAUUUGGUGUUAUCUUGAUCUCAGUCUCAGCUGUUUCCACACCUGUGUUUUAGACAUUAACUUUACUGUAUCAACAAACUGAAAAGAGGUAAAUAUUUGGCCAAGCAGGAGCCAAAUUCAUUAAGCCAACAUGUAAUUAGGGUCAGUCUAUGUCCUUAAUUUCUUUUCAUAUUGUAUUAUUAUGACUACAGGGGGGAAAAACAAGUCCUGUGGAAGGUUAAUGAACUUUUCAAAUAAAGGUGUAAUUCUGUUAUUUUUAUUGUUGGUGGGGGAGGGGGUUUUCAUCAAGGCCCAGCUAAGCAUUGGCUGCUCUAGUUCAAAGUGACAGCUGUGCGUUUGCUUUUAUACGGUGUGUGUGUGUGUGUGUGUGUGUGUGUGUGUGUGUGUGUGUGUGUGUGUGUGUGUGUGUGUGUGUGUGUGUGUGUGCGUGCGCGCUUAUAGAGUUGUGUGGGUUCCCCAACACUAUCCCCAUCCAGCUGCUCUCACCACCAAUCACUCAGGGACCCAUGCAGCUGGAGCUUACACAAACAGGCUGUGUGCUGCUCAAGCCAGUGUAGACUGGCUCAAACCGGCUCAUUCCGGUUUUUACCUCAGCUGGCUGGUGAUGGGGGGAUUUAUGGGUUUAUGGGGGGGGGGGGGGAGGAGCAAUAGAUUAUGCUGACUCAAUUUAAAAUAUUUCUGUGAAGUUAAAUCUCAUGUAUAAUUUUAGGAAAUAGGAAGCCGAGUUAAUACGCUGAACUAAUUAUUUGUUGGGACGUGUGAUUAUAGGAGUUAUUCAACCAAUUUUAUUAACGGAGCCAACUAAAGUGAUUAAGUGAAACAUUCCUCAUUAUUUGGCCAUGUGAUUUAAUACUAUAAUGAAAAUGCCAAGGAUGACGAGAUUGAAUCUUCUGGAGACAAGCGCUAAAUCAAUUACCUCCCAUGAAUAGAUAGUGGGUAUCCACAGCGCCAAGAAUUUUAAUAACAACAGGAUUUUUCCUAAAGGAAAUUAUGGAAAUAAGCAAAGGGAGUCUGUUGAAAGCCUGCCAUUAAUCCUCUUUUGUUUAAAGAAGGAAUAUUCAUAGCCCAGAGCUAAAGGGGCUCCCCAGGAGUCAGGUAAAAGCUUACAUAUGAGGUUGUCCCAAAUUGGAUUGCUUGUUUGGGCUCACUUCCAUUUCUCUAAGUUCCGGCAUCUAUCCUACAACAAUAAGCAUUGAACUUUGAGUCCAGUGUUUGACCUUUUGAUGUCAUUUAACCCCUGUGUCCUCUUAUUGUCUGUGUCUCUCAUCUCUAGUUAACGUCAUGCGCUGUUUUGUGUGCCACAAAGAAUACAAGCAGAUCGACAUUAUUGACAACUACUUUGUCAAAGAUACCACAGAGGCCACCAGCACAUCGGAUGAAAAAGCUGCCCAGGUAAGUCUUUAGUUUUAAUUUGAUGCUGUGUAAAUCCUACUCAUGUCAGAGCUGGACUUUCCUGGCUUUUCUUUGCAGUUUGAGGGGUCUGAGCAUGAGGUUAAUAUGAUGUAGGGCUGCACGAUUAAUUGAUUUUGAAUCAUAUUCAGAUUAUUUGAUUAUGACUGUGCUAGAAAAAUUAAAAUUGUAAAUGAACUCUUCUCUCUAUCGAGUCUCGCGCCUCCAGACCACCGUAGGCUCCCCCUUCCUGCGAGAGGGCUCCCCAGUUCCCACAUGCACCAGUGUAAAAAAACAUGGCGUUUGCAAAAGCAGGCGAUUCUUUCGUGGCUAAAUAGGGCAAGAGAAAGUCAGUCAUGUGGAAUUGACACGACUUCCCAGUUUCGAAUGUAAAGCACUCCCCACGACAAAGUCUGUCUGAAAGUGGUAUCAACCCACUCACAUGUCCCGGCCUUAAAAGAAUUCAGGAGUAAACGCAAAAGUUUUUGACAUAUUGUCGUUUCAUGCACACAGAAAUGGUGUUUUGGGUGACUGUAAACGUUACUUUUCGAAAAUGAAUAUGAGAGUGCAGAAAUCCGUAAACGACUACCAUUUCAUCUCCAUUUGGAUGUCUAUCUGCAUCUCUCCAAAACAAUGAUGUGACACACAGUGUAACUCUUGGAGCCUGCGCAUGUAUGGCAAAACAAUGCUUAACACAUAUCAAGGUUUUUGAGCAUGUGUAAUGGCACGUAUGUGUUGAAUUAGUUAACCCUUGUGUUCAGCUGUUUUUAUAGUGUUCUUUUGAUGAGUUUGGCUUGUUGUUAUGAACAUUGUUUGUUUUGGCGAGUUUGAAGGUUUUUGAGUAUGUGUAAUGGCAUGAAUGUGUUAAGCUGUUGUUGAUAUAAAGGUUGAUUUGCAUGCUCGGUACUCUUCUUCUGUCCUCUGUGCAUUUCCUGUGCAGUGAUACAGCGCCACUUACUGGCUUGGCAUAUGCACUACAUCGUUUUCAGUGGUUUCAUUUUGAGAGAUGAUAGUAAAAGUUUUUGUAAAGUGAAGUUUGGUUAAGUUGUCGCUAAAUAAAAAAAUUGAAAUCUAAAAUCAAGUUUUCCGAGAAAAAAGUCGGGAUUUUAUUUUUGGCUAAAAUCGUGCAGCCCUCAUGUUAUGUAUUUGUCAGAUAUUGUGUGCUGUUGUAUCACCAGCUUCAAUUCACAAGAGCGUAACAAUGUAAUUACAGGAUAUUUAUAAAAAGCUCAAGUCUAGAUCAUAAUUUUUAUAUUUAUAUUUACAGAGACCCAGUAUUCAACCACAAUGAGUUUGAUACACUAAUACACUACACAAUUUAUACACUCAGCUACAUUUAGCAAGUAGCAAUAGCAAAGAAGUUUUUCCUUAUAACAGGCAGAACCAGAGUCAUGGUGAAAAACAAUGUGCUGCAACUGUGUUGUACUCAUAGAAACAAAAGCAGCAGCCUGUGCAGACAUUAGCGGUGCAAAGCAAGUAGUAGUCAUAAGCAAAAUGUGAACCACAACGGCAAAGCAAUAACAAUUGUCUUGGUAUAAUAGUUCUAAUAAGUAGAGUGAACCAGUCUAAUGUUAACAAUAAAUAUGUUAAUGGUGCAAGGAAGAAGACUGGCAGGUUUAUAGCAAAUGUGUUCACCAUGCUCUAAGAGUUUUAUUAUUUAUUAUUUAUUAACGUUAUAGUUAUGAUAAUUAUAGCAAGAAGGGUAUUAAAUAAUAGCAGCAUUUGGAGUAAGGCAGGUUUAUCAGGAUAUGAUACCUAAUCCUUAGAGACGCCUAAUAGUAGUAGGGUAAUCAUAGCCUAGAGAUAAAGAAUGCAGAUAUUACGAGCCUGCAAUAUUGCAACAUGUUCCUUUUCCACCGAGCUCUGAAUGCAGUGUCAUCAGAUCAUGCACUUUGUACCGUGGAGUCCCUGAAGGGACAUGGAGGGGGAAAUUUCAGUCUGAACAAAACUGAAAAUUUAGCAGAAUCUCAUAAAACCUUCUCUACUUUUUAUCACAGGCAAAGCAGGACAGCAACAUAAAGAAAUAUGAAGAUAAAACAAAUAUUAACAAACAAUUAUACAUGUCAUAUGGGGACACAUUGCUUUAGCAUUGCUUUUAAAUAGGUGUUGUCAUUUAGGUCUACAUCUUGUAGUACAGGUUUGUUUUGAACCACACUGAGGUCAUACACAUAAGAGCAAAAGAUAAACACUCACUGCGAGAAUACCCACUUAAAAAAAUACACACUUCUAAAUAGUCAGUGGCCAUGCUCAGACACCAUCAGACCCUAUGGUUAUGGUGGUCCACACUCAGUAUGCUUUUUUUCACUCCUUGUGUAUUUUAGUCAGAAUCGCAGCAUAGCAUGACCAAACACAUGUAAAUUGUUGUGAUCUUGAUAGUAAUAAAUAUAACUUGAUGCUCUGAUACAGUCUCACCAAACUCUGGGUUUCUGAAUAUAGCCCGUGGUUGUUUAGAGGAGGGUCUGUAGGUCCAUUAAAUUGGAAUUAUCUUUGUGAAAAAGUUUCUCAAAUUAAUGUUUACACUGAUUUAUUAUUUAUAUUUAUUAUGACAUUUUAAUGACGAAACUUGAACUUCAUGGGUCCCGGGAAACUUGGAGUUGUUUCAAAGCUCUGUUAGAUGCUAAGUGGUGCUUUAGGUAAUCACUUUUAAUCCGGUUUCAGAUUGGGCUUGGAUAAUAUAAAAAUGCUAAUCAGAGAUGAAUUAUUUAUGAGAAGAACAAUUGUGUGCUCUCCCUAACUUUAAAGUGGGAUUUAUUCCACUGUGAUUAAGUUCUACUAGUUUUCAAAGCAGUAAUGGGUCAGUAGUGGGGAACACUCUCACAGGGGCUGAACCAUUGAGCACCUGAUAUCAGAUUAUCUGGGUUUACCUCUAAACCCAAGGAAGGUUCUUUUUAGAUAUUCAUUGGUGCUGUCUCCUUAAGGUGUGCACAAGCUGUGAAGACAAUGCGGGAACCAUAGGCUUUUGUGUGGAGUGUGGAGAGUGGCUGUGUAAGACCUGCGUGGAGGCCCACCAGAGGGUCAAAAUCACCAAGGACCACAAGAUUCACACAAAGGAGGAUGCUGAUGCUGCCUCAGGUAAGAUAGCUAACCCUCACUCUGAAGAAUUGAUCAAGAUUCAUUGCAAAACUGCGAAAGCCUCAGUAAGACAAACCCUAACUGAAGCACAGGGAAUUCGGUGCUGCUGGCAGCCUGUUGCCAUGGUAACAGCACUGCAGAAUCUGGCUGGUACCUCUAGCCUGAGGUCCAAAUACCCUAAAGCUUUGACCAGACUUGACUACCCCAGGCUUUGGAACAACUUUUUUUGAAGGCAGCCUUGUCAUCAUCUGUCUCACACCACUUUCUGUGAUUAAUCUGGGGGUCUGUCUGUCUGUCAUUGUCCUUUCUCUUGUAGAAUCUAUUGGUACAUCAGGACAGAGGCCUGUUUUCUGUCCCAUCCACAAACAGGAGCCACUGAAGCUUUUCUGUGAGACCUGUGACACUUUGACAUGUCGAGACUGUCAGCUGCUGGAGCACAAGGACCACAGGUAGCUCAGCAUCCAACACAUCAACUUUAACCACUUCUUUCCCCCUGUCUGUAAACUUCCUAAACUGGCAUAGUAGUCUACUAUUAGUCAAUAAUGUGUUGCUGCAUCUGUGUCAGUACAGAAUAUAUAUAUAUAUAUAUCUUUUUAUUUUAGGCACUUAAAAUCCUAUUUUAUCCUAUUCCAGCUGUUUACUGCAAGAGUUCAAACAGUGAGAGGAGGUUUUAGUUGUAAGGUAAUGGAUGAUGUAUAAUGAGUGGGUUGUUGUUGUGGAUGGAACCCUGAAAAAGUGGGCAGGAAGGAGUCUUGUCUCUCUUUACAGUUGAAUACACUCUAGUGGGAUUUUACAAUAAAACAUACUGUGGGGGUUUACCUUUAAUUUCUACCCUGCUUUGAGCCACUGGUGUUAAAUCACCUCAGCCAGAAUUGUCAAUAUAUUCCAUAAGAGAUCCAGUGUUUUCUCUCUUUCUCCUCUCACUCUCCUCCAGCAGCUGCUUGUUUGUGGGGGAGCCCUGACGAGUCGAUCACUGAGUGCUGCGGAGUUCUGCAGCUCAAAGAAAAACAUUACUUCAUGGAAAUACAAUCAGACCGAGACGCUAAGGCAGAAGAACUACCGCGUCUGCAGUGCAAAAUGAUUAUUAUGAUGAUUAUUACUUCAAGGAAAUGAUCCACUGCACUCGAUGAUCGACUUGUCAGGGCUCCCCCACAAACAAGCGGCUGCUGGAGGAGAGUGGGUGAGUUGUGUUAAGUCUCUUUGCUAAAGAAAUCAGGCAAAGUUAAAAAGAUGUUUGAUGGCUAGUACUAUGGCUGGGACCCUAUAUGUACUGUUGAUGAAGUUAGAUGAUGUUCUGAGCAUUAUUUGUGGAUAUAGAGUGGCUUUUUGGUUGAGGUUUGCGCGUGGAGACAUAGACCUCUGUGUAUUGCUAUCAUGCGGUUGUUACUAAAGUUGGUAUAACUAGAGAAGCAAGCAGUCAGUAACAUUCAUCUCUUGAGGGGGUGUCUAACUCAGCGUUACGGUGUCUUUGACCAUAACUUAAAUUUAUACCGGAAUAUCCCUUUAAAUCUUAAAUGUGUGUUUGUAAUGAGGAAUGCAAGUAGACAACUUCAGUUUUGUCUUUUUUUAAAUCUUUUUUUCCAACAAGAUAACUAAUAGAUGGAUAUAGACUUGGAGUCCUUGUGGUUUUGAUGCAGAGCCUUCCUUGUUUGCUGAAACUAACCCCUCAGUGAUUGAUUUGGAUCCUUAGAGUAGAAUGGAGGGUCUCUUCUGGACCUCACAAACUGAAUAUUGUUCUUAUCCAUCUUAGAGCAAAGCAAAAUAAAUCAUACCCAGACAUUCAUACAUUUUUUGCACUGAAGUGACAAAGAUGUUAUUUCUUUGUUGUUCUUGAGUGCGAGGCAACAACAGUUUACAACAAUUUCUAUCUUUUUUUUUUUUUUCUUAUGAACCAAAUUUUUUAAAAUCAUACUGCUAUUAAUUUUAAGAUUGAAAGACUCUGAAUCUGUCAUUCUCAGGUACCAGUUCUUGGAGGAGGCUUUUCAGAACCACAAAGGCAUCAUUGGGGCUAAAAUUGCAAAACUACAAGAAAAAAAGAACUAUGUCCAUUGUUCUGUCUCUCAGUUGCAGAGCAGGUAAGAGUUUCUUUGUCAUUUUCCUUACUGUACUUUGACCCAGAAUAUUCACUUCAGUUACCGAUGGACAUAGGAAAUAAGUGGUGUAUUGUUGACAGGUGUCUCUAAAUACUUUUUUUUAAUGUACUCUGUUGUCCAGGUUAAAAGAGCUCAACGAGACACACAGGAAGGUGGAGCACGAAAUCAAAAUUGCAGUAUUUACUCUCAUUAAUGAAAUCAACAAGAAGGGCAAGUCCCUGCUGCAGCAGUUGGAGGUAAGGGAACAUUCAUAAAUGCCGGACUGUUGAAAAGCUUCAGAAGGUGCUGAUGAAGUACAAUGGGUCUCAUUCAGCAGUUCCUGGAAAGCAAUUUCUUCUUAAAUCCCAUCAAUGCAGUUUCCUAAAAGUUUCUGAAAAGUGUCCGCUUGUGGGAUUUGAUCAAUUUGAAACAAAUCUGCACACACUCAAGAGCACACCUACACGUGUAUUAGAGCUGACAUGCUUUCUCAAAUUCUGACAGGAUGCUCUGAACCUGCUCUUCAUAACGGAAGAACUGUGCAGAGUUUUUACCCUGACGCUUAAGUUCUGCUUGCAUGUGAGGAAAGUUUCGCAGGUCACAGCGUUGCAGCCGAUUUGAAAGCAGCUGCAGCUUGCUUUUGAAUGUGUUUACUGAACUGAUCAUGUUGAUAACAUGUUUAUUCUUACCCUGGAGCUCUAAAUUCAGAUCAUUAAGCAUGUCAGUAAUGUCUGUCAGAAAUGUUAAAUCCAAAAGCCACUGGGAGUCCUCCAGCUGAAUGUGCUCUGUGUGCUGUGACAGUUUCAGGAAAUCUUUUAUUUCUGGCAGUAAUUCAGUGAACCUGGCCAAAAAUGUACCUCUGCUUAGCCACCUCACAUCUGUGUGGAGCAGCAGGUCAGUGUGUUCUGCGCCGGUCUCCUCCAAGUGAGCGCGGAAUAAUCUUCUCUUUAGGCUCCAGGCCCAGACAGAGCACACAAUCUUCAAAGCAACAUCCAUCACUUCUUUCAUGUUUAAAAUCUUCCCACACAAUGCUUGCUGAUGUAUAAUACAGUGGUAAUUAAGGAUGUCAGGGAAAAAUUCACUCUGUUUGCACAAUGCAAUGAACCCACUUGUGCGGCCCACCAUGGCUGGUGCACCAUCAGUUGUGAUGGAGAUCAGCUUGAAGAGGGGCAGUUUGUUCGUUUUAACAAAGUCCAUGAAAGUCCAUAAAAAUAUCUUCGCUUCUUGUGUGUCCUUUCAAAGGCAAAACUGUCAGUAGUUCUUUUGUCGAAAUGUCUCCAAAAACCAUCCUGAUGAAAACACAUAAUUGUGGCACAUCCACAACGUCAGUUGACUCGUCAAACUGGAGGGAGAAACACUCACAUCCAUCGAUGUCCUUCUUCAACUGUGUUUCAACAUCCUCUGCCAUUCCCUCGCACCGUCGUAUGACAGUAUUCCGCAACAACUGCAUGUCCUUGAUAGUGGAGACGAUCUCCGUUUUGUUCUUAAAGUCACCAAAAAGUGCGUCCGCGGCUUCAAUAAAGGCUUCCUUAACAACUUCACCGUCCUUGAAAGACUUCUUGUGUUUAGCAAGCACACGAGAAACAUGGUAAGAUGCUAUGGUAGCAGCCUUACCCUUGGUGUUGGGUCUGGUAAAAACAGACUGCAGGGCUGCAAGCUGCGUCUUCAACUUCUGCACUUUCUGCAAGCGUAGCUCGGAUUUAGCAGGGAAGUCUGUCUCAUAUUUUUUGUGCAGUGUCUUAAAAUGCCUUUCCAGAUUUCCCUUCUUUGGUAUAGCCACGCUGGCUUUGCAGAUGAGACAGAUGGUCUUCGAGUUUGAGUGGACAAAAAAAGUAAUCCUCUUCCCACUCUGGGUGAAAAUGAUAAGUUUUCUGUCUUUCUGCUCCGGCCAUUGUUCUAUUGCUGCUAGCUAAGUAAACAGCGGCUGCAGCACGCACGCAUAGUGACCUGACCUUACAGCCGCGGCACAGCCAUGAGAAAAAUAGCCAAUUAACGUUACCAAAAAGAUGAUCAGCUACAAGACUUUUUUUUUUUUUCGCUUUCAAGUCUACUUUUUGCCAUCGACUGAGAAUUAGUCCGUGAUCUACCCGACUGGUUGGGCACCCCAGUUUUAAAGUGUCUACCUGAGUGUCUUAGAAGUGGAUCAGUCUAUGGGAGUCUUUGGGGUAGUCUCUCUUUGGGUGUUAUGGAGAGCCCCUGACAUCAGACAUGGGGCAGUUUAACCCAGCUCCAGUGUGCACAUUUAGGCGCUGCUGCAGGAAAGGGCUUGCUUGGGAUCUAUCUGGUUCCCUCUUACAGCAGAUACUGGUACAGCCGUAAUCAUCUGCCUUUACACACUGUUCCUCACAUUUAUGUCUGGAGUUUUAUAAUCAAAGUGUUAAAAAAAAGUAAUAUGAGAUUGGAUUUAAUCUGAUUAAAAACAGCCCACUCUCUGACUGUAAAACAUUAAAGCACCAGGAGAUGAAUGAUGUGUUUGUACUCUACAGAUCCCCAAGCUAAUGUCAGUCCCCCUCAAAGGAUUAAUCAACUCUUUGACUGCUCUGUGAUCAAUGUUAUUGCUCCAGUUUUUAAUUUGUGACCACACUCUCCUCUUUACGUGAUGUCUUAACUUCUUUAGAUGCAGCAUUGAUUUAGCGAGUAAUAAUAUCUGAUAUAUCUGUGCAGAUAUAUUUUUAAUCCAUUUAGUAUUCACGGCCGAUGCUCCUGAAAAUGUCAGCUCUCUGUUUCACACUUGAAGUAUUUCUACCUUCAUUUCAGAACUGCCAAUGUUUUUCUUCCAGCUGGGUUCAGUGCUCUGCCGUGUUAAGGUUUUUGCAUUUUUGUGUAAAUUCACAGCACUCCAGUCUCAAGGCCUUCAAUGGGGUAUUAAUAUAGUUCAGAGCCAUUAACCUAGGUUAAAGAGGAACAGCUGCAUAAGCAAUAGACCUAAAAGGACAUUGGUAUAGGUGCAAAUCUUUAAAGAACAUGUGUAUAUAUUUUUAGAAACUGAAGGACAAAUUUAAGCAAAAAUGCCCUUCAGCUAUAAUGUCCUUGUAAUUUGUUCAUAAUAGGUUACACACAGUCCACAGACAUUUUUAAGCUUUAUUACCACAAUGGGUUUGAUUUCUUUCUCUCUUUAGUCUGUUAAAUUAGGACUGGGCGAUAAACAGAAAAUUUACUGAUAACGAAAUUUAUGACAAUAACCAACGUCAUUUUCCCCAUAGUGGUAUAUUUGGUGUAAAAAAAAAAAUCAAUAGAUAAAGGUUGGUUUUGGAUGUGUGUGGGUAGGCUAUGGUCUCACAGGGCUUGACACCAACUUUUUUCACAAGGAGCACAUGUGCUCCUAAGUUAAAAAAAGUAAGGAGCACACAAAGAACUUAAGGGAAACAAUGAAAAUUGAUCAAAUGUGUGUCUCAUUGACCGACUAUUAUUUGAAAUCAAUUUUAGGUCAGUUGGUCUCAUGUAUCCCUCUGCACAUGCAAAAGUUUUGUAUUGACUUGUAAAUUAAUGUGGCGAGGUUAUGACUCCUCCAUUGAAAUAUUGUGUUCAGACCAUCAGUCUCUGUCCCUGAACCAGAAUAAUCUGAUUUUCUGUCCAGAGUGUGACCAACGAGCGCAGUAUGAGGCUCAGGGCUCAGCACGGAGAAACCACCCUGCUGGCUCAACAGAUCAACCACGUGCUCAGCUUCUGCCACUGGGCCAUCACUACAGGGAGCAGCACAGCGCUGCUCUACAGCAAGAGGCUGGUGGGUUUCUCGUGAGCUUCAGAUGUUCUACAUUUUCAAUAACAUGCUUCUGACAGAGCUUAUAUUACAUGACUUCUGGCCUCUCAUUCACCAAGGAGGUUUUGAUUUAGCUUUGGUUGGAUUUCACACUUUUGCUGUAGAAUGCAAUCAGCUAUCAGUUGAAUGGAUAUGUUCCAGCCACAUUGUUUAUAGUGAACUGCUCAGCUUACUGGUCAAGUGGAAUAAUCAGCCUCCUGGGGUGGAUGUUUUUCCCCCUUUUUAAGGUUGGCUUUUGCUACAGGUGUUAACCACAAGACAGUUAGCUGAGAUAACUAAACUGGGGGAUUGACAAAUGCUGUUCCUAAAGAGUAUGUUGACAACUAGAUGACAGUUGUUCUGCUUCAGCUUGGCUAAGAAACAGAAGAACACAUUUCUGUGUAUGUGUGUGUGUGUGUGUGCAUGUAUGUAGAUCCUUUACCAGCUUCAUCAGCUAUCCGAGGCAAGACUGGAGCCAGCGCCUCAGGCUAAUGGUAUUGUGCGCUUCUUCUGUGACCCAACCUUCUGGGCCAAAAACGUGGUGAAUCUAGGUGAGAGUGCAUUUGAAUUGAUAUUUAUUUAUCAUAAAAUUGAACACAACAUAAAAUAGUAAUGUGGUUAAAAGCGUUGACAAUUCAAGCCUGCACUGUCAUUUAAAAUCUUAACACUUUUACAUCACAAUCCCUGUUUUUCUUUAAAGGUAAUUUGGUAAUUGAGAAACGACCUGCACAACCACCCAAUGUGAUGGUGGGAGGGCCGCCCAUUUCCCCAGGUCAGGGUCAUCCCGGUAAACACCCAGGACAAAUCAACCUGGCUCAGCUCCGGCUGCAGCACAUGCAGCAGGCAGCCUAUGCACAACAGAAGCAACAGCAACAACAACAACAGCAGCAGCAGCACCAGCACCAGCAACAGAUCCAGCAACAGAUGCGCAUCGCCUCCCAAAUGUCCCAGCAGCACGUCAGACAAGCCGGCCCUCCCUUGGUUCAGCAGCAGGUAUGCAUUCACAGAUCAAGGUACCGCUGUGAAAAAUAAUGGGUAUCCACUCUUGAAUUAAUCAACGUUUUGAUUCAUUCAUUGAUUUUAUGAAUGGAACUGCAGGAUCAAUUAAUAUGUACCAUAAACAAGAGGAAGCCUCAAACUCAUGUGAGGAUUAAGUCUUGUCCAAGAUUGAAAAGCUAACAUGCCACGGUAUUUUAGAGGCUCCAUCUUGUGAAGUAUUGGCAUUUCUGAUGGUUGAACGACUCAAGUGAUGAAUUGCGCUCAAGUGUUCAGUCUUUUUUCUUCCUGUGGAUUUAUAAAUCAAUAAAUCUGCUCACCGCAUCAGCACUAAUUACAGUUUAUCAUUUGUUUUUUUCAGUUGCAUGAACCUAAAAAUCAGCUACUGUUUGUGAAAAUCGCAUCAUUGAACGCACACUACCUUGGAAAUUAAUGCAAAGUAUGUGUAUAUGUAUGCUAUUACAGCCUCCGAGGCUCAUCAGCAUGCAGCAGCUACCAAGAGGGCCUGGGGGUAUGAAUGGUGGGCCAGGCCCCCCCAUGUACCCUUCCUCCCACCAUAUGCGUCUCCCGGGUCCACCGCAGGGCCGUAUGCUCUCGGCUCAGCCAAGACAUAACGGACAGCAGUAUCCAUCCAUGAUGCAGCCUCAGCUACAAAGACAGGUUAGUCCGCACACAGCACGGUCAGACAUGAACAGACUACAUGUGAUUUUGUAUUUUUGUGCGACACAUUCAUCACUAUAAAUGUUGAAGUAAGUGAUGCACUGAAUAAGAAGUUUUCUCUGGACCUACCUACUAGAGAAGUAGUGAUCGAAGGUGCAGGAGUAUUUGUCACCUGUUUGUGGGUUUGUGAUUGUGGUUUUAAUUUAGAAUAAAGUUAUUAAGGAUAAAGUCAUAAGACAGUUUUAAAGGUUUACAUUUUAAAGUAAAAAAUAAUGAUCCUUAACAAAAAUGUUAGUUGUUUUUUGAAGUGAAAAAAAAAAAAAAAAUUCCAGGGCAGCAUCUGACAGUAAAACUAUUUGUGUUUGCACAUGAACAGUGACGUUAAAGGAGUUUGUAAAGCUGUGCGUUUCAUUGGCAAUUGUUUAUUCAGAGAAAGAAAAGGCUCGUGUUUUUCCUUCUAUGAAAACUCUUUGAGAACUAAGGAACUUCAAAGUAAUCAGAUCAAAAAUGAUUAUCAGUCCAAAUUUCAUAAGCUGCAUUCUCAUGACACAUGAACUUUGAAUGCUGAAAUAUGUGCAUACUUUAUACUUAUCAUAUGAAUGAUUGCAAAUGCAUAAUCCUUGAGUAAGUUUAGUCUGGAACCCUAAUGACAAACCAAAGAUCACUUGCAAGUGUGACGGUAAACCUGAACCAUUAGAAACACAGAGCUUCUGAAAGCCUUUUGCAUUGACACCAAACAGUCUCUGUCAUGAUGGGUUUAAAGGAAAAGGGAAGGAUGCUCUGUUCAGUUAAUGAGUGAAGCAGAAGUGUGGUAGAUAACACUGGGUCUCAUUCAGUCACUGUUUGAAAUAGAAAAUAUGUUCCUAAAACCCACUUACACAGUUUUCAAGGAGACUCUAACACCUUCUAAAGUUUUUCUUUCUGGGGUGUCUUCUUAGCUUAACACACUCUGAAUUUCUAUUAUUCAAGGACAUUUUCAAUCCUGCGUUGUUUGGUCUAAAUAACAAGAUGUUCGAUUAUAUUCAGUAAUUAUAUUAUAUGAUAUAUAGCAAACAAUAUUUAUAUAUAGGAUAUGAUUAGGGCUGCAGCUAUUGAAUAUUUUAGUAAUUGAGUAUUCUACAGAAUAUUCCACUGAUUAACCAAGUAAUCAGAUAAAACCUUUUUUUGUUUAGUUAAAGUGCAGUUAUUGCGUAACAAGCGUGUGCGUUAGCGGAUUGCAAUGCUUGUAAGAAAGUUAAUUAUGAUAUUAACUUUCAUCAUGUCCCCAAAGACAUUUGUAUCCGAGAACUGAAUAGCUCCUAUGUUACCUGCUUCUGCUACAACACCGGCAAUGUUAGGCUGCAAUCUAGCGUAAAGAGGAGUACGCAGAGCAGCGCUGUCUCCGCCCACGACUCAGAGGCAAAGUGCUAAUGAGCUACUUGAGCUCUGCCGAAGAAUAGCCCCUCUCAUUAUUCUUUUUCUCCACUACGCAAAACCAAAAACGCGUUCACUCCUCCCUCUACCGUGGUGACGUAAGCGCGUCGUGUCACCUUGAAAAUAAUCUGUGUGAAACAGUGACGAUUUGAACUAAAUAAGAGAACAAGGCUCGAGGCUGAGAAAAUUCCUUGAUCAUUUUUUUGUAAUUGAGAUACUCGAGGACUCGUUUCAGCCCUAGAUAUGAUACAUGAAGUACUUUCAUUUAGAGUGGUAUAUUGUCUAUUUUCCUCAGUUUUUAAUUAACAUGAUAAACAAGAUUAUAUGUUUGAGACCCCAAGCCAGCACACACAUGUUGGUGCCACUGAGCAGUCAAAGAGGUUGUUAGAUAUAGUUUUCUUUUUUUUUCUUUUAUCUCAGACAUGUAAUCUUUUUCAUGUACCUUGACAUGUUUCAGCAGAAACCUCUGCCUUCCUCUGAAGUGUCACAUGGUGGUAGGUGUGACUCGUCAUAUCAGCUGGUGUUAUGGAGGCAUGACCCUCCUGUCAGACUUUUUUUUUUUUUUUUUGACAGGACGGUCACACCUCUGCAGAACACUGCUCCAGGUGUGUGAGAGCAUGUGUGCCCCCUCAUCCCUGUUGAUCUUCCCCAGGCCAUGUUUCCUUAUUUUAGUGGCUUCCCUAAUCCAGCACUGGUGCUUAUUGUCCUAAGUGUGGUUGACACUGGCUUUAUCCCAGUCCAUGAGAUGAUUUUCCCUUUAUGACAGAUUUGUAGUUUUCCUGUAAAAUAUACAUUAGGGAGAUGGGGUGGAGCUUCAGCACAUGGGCAAAGAACAUCAAAAGGAAUGUGAGAAAGAGUCGGGAACAAGACAAACAAGAUGAAUGAUAAAAAAGCGCAACAGGAAAACUACAAAUCUGCCAUAACGGACCACUGCAAAAGGGAAAAUCAUCUCAUGGACUUGGAUAAGGCCCAUGUCAUCUGUACUGAGGACAAUAAGCACCAUGUGGAUAAGGGAAGCCAUUUUAAUAAGAAAACAGGGGUCCACGGACGAUGAACAGGGAUGAGGGGGCCUACAUGCUCUUACACACCUGGAGCAGCACCCUGCAGAGGCAAACAGACAGCGGGAGGUGUGACGGUCCUGUCAAAAAAAAAAAAAAACAUUGACAAGAGGGUUACACCUCCGUAACACCAGCUGAUAUGAGGCCUCGCACCUACCACCAAGUGACACUCUGAGGAAGGCAGAAGUUUCCACCGAAACAUGUCAAGGUACGUGAAAAAAGAUUACAUGUCUGAGAUAAAAGAAAAAAGAAAACUAUUUCUAAUGAACUCGCUUUUUGAUGUUUUCUCUGCUUGGUAUGGUGGUUAAUACUGAAAUCUCCCCCUGAAUAACCUGGAGGGACUUUUGCCUUAAUUCAAAUGAAAAUUCAAACAACUAUGUCUGAGCCUCAUUCAAAUUUUAAUGCAAAAGUUUUUGCUUGCAUUUUUUCCAUAAUGAAGUUUAAAGGGGCUCUUGGGUGUGUCCUUGUAUACCAUAUAUUACACAUUAUUACCUCUUUAAUGUAGAUGUGUUCACUAAAAGCUGUAUUUAUAUGCAUGUGCGUCCGAGUGUGCAAUAACAUGAUAAACAAAACAAGCCCACUCAGAGAACAAGUGCUCCACAGGGUGAGCAGGAAUGUCAAAGGAAACAUUAAUUUGGCACACUGUCUGCUCAUUUAAAUAUUAGAUAAAUUGCCAAUUAAAAAUCGGGUAUGAUUAUUGAGUAUAAUUAUUUCAUGAUUACACUUGGGAGUGCUCUGGAAAGUGGUUGUUAGGAGAAGUUUGGAUUUUACAUUUUUAAGUAGUGGUGCAUUUCUAAACAUGUAAAUCAAACUGAUCAUUUGAAGCCCUUAUUUACAUACUCAAGCUGCAAAUGAAGCAACUACAAAACGGUUGUGAAAUUAAAGAAGUUUCUUUUAUUUAAGCAGAUGUAGCAGGGUAAGGUUUUGUGUUUUCUUCUGUAAAUAUGAAACUGAUUAUUUUCUUUAUUUUUUACUCAGUCUGAUUGCAUGUAUGGUAUAUCAAUGUGCGUUUCUUGCCUGCAUGUGGGACUAGGUGAAAGAAACCGCCACUAUAUCCAGCCUUUUCUUUGUGUCCAGAUGUCUAUAGAAUCUGAGAUGAGCCACCAAAGGUUUCGUUUCUUACUACAAUCAGGGGUUUGGCACUUUUUCCUUCUUUGUCAUUGUCUUGUGCCGCAUGUGUUGUCACCCAAAUCAUGCAUGUUCAUGCAACCAUGUUGUGUCACAAUAAAAACUUGAUAAAGCCCAGUGAUGUAUAAGCUCAUUUUUCCUGCCCUCCUCCCUCCUCUUCUAUCUCCCCCUCUCAGGGCUUUCUUCUCUCCCACCUAAUUAUGUUCUUCUUUUUCUUCCUCUCUUUGUUUCUGUGCAGCAUUCGAACCCAGGACACGCAGGCCCUUUCCCGGUGGCAUCCCUCCAUAAUGCUAACCCUACAAGCCCUACCAGUGCCAGUAUGGCCGGUUCUCAUGCCCACCGUGGCCCUGCCAGCCCCAUCAUAGGUCCCAUCGAGCUCAUCCCAUCAGUCACUAAUCCAGAGAACCUGCCCUGCUUACCCGAGAUCCCGCCCAUUCAGGUGUGCAUAUUUUAAUGGCUUGUUUGUUUCUGCCAGGUAAGAUAGGGUCUGCAAUUGUAAUUUUUUGUCACAUUUAAAAGAUAUCUCUUCUUAGUUCACUUUAGGGCUGUCAAAAUUGCUCCAAAAUGAUGUUUGAAUAUUCGUUCUAAAAAUAGCACAUAGGUUCGAACAUAUUCAAUUAUCUAGCUUACACAGCUUGCAUAUAACUUUAUCUCGCUCAGCACUUUUUCUGUUUACCAUGUCUGCCCAAAAUCCGAAGAAUUUCCAAACGGAGGUUUUAAACUUCGUUCUCGGGUACUCGUUUAUAAGCCCAAACCGUCACUGUUUCGCACAGAUUAUUUUCAAGGUGACACCACACGCUUACAUCAACACGGUAGAAGGAGGAGUAAGCGCAGUUUUGCGGAGCGCGAAAAAACGAAUGAUGAGACAGACUUUUCUUCUGCAGAGCUCCAGUAGCUCAUUAGUACUUUGCCUCUGAGUCGUGGGCGGAGGCAGCGCUGCUCUCUCUGCAUACUCCUCUUCACAUUAGCUUGUAGCCUAACAUUGCCGGUGUAGUAGCAGAAGCAGGUAACAUCGGAGCUAUUUAGUUCUCUGACAGUAAUGUCUUCAGGGACAUGAUGUAAGUUCAUAUCGUAAUUAACUUUCUUACAAGCAUUGCAAUCUGCUAAUGCACACACUUGUUCCACGAUUGUUCAGCGAUAAUUGCACUUGAAGUAAAAAAAAAUAUGUUUCAUCCAAUUACUCGCAGUGUUGUUUUUGGCAGGCAUUUUAGAUUUAGUUUUAGUCUUAGUCAUUUUGACGAAAUGCUUCUUCGUUUUAGUCCCAUUUUAGUCAUUUCUAUCCUUGAUAGUUUUCGUCUAGUUUUAGUCCGACGAAAACUCAAAAGCUUUUAGUUUAGUUUUAGUCGACGAAAAGGUGCCUUUUGAGGUUCGUGGUGUUCUUUCCCGACAGUUUGAAGCCGCAGCAUGAGGAAGCUGUGGCUCCACAACUGUCGUCUGUCUCGUCUCCCCGUCCCCCGUACAAGACAUUGUGUUUUAUUGUCACUUGAACUGUAUCUGAAGUAGGACCAAAAAUCAUCCCUCUUUUUUCAGCCACCGGGCCGCUGCUGUGCCUGCCGCCACGGUGUGUGUUUGCGCGCGCCUCGUCCACCUGCCGCUCUGUGUAUGUGUAUGAGUGUGUGCGCGCAGCUGUGCGCGAGCGAGGCUUUUGGUGCGUGUGUGAUGGGGGCGUGACUGUUAGGACAAAAAAAAGCAUGUUUUGAAACUUUGUUCGUCCACCUAAUAACAAGUUAGUCUCGUCUCGUUCUCGUCUGACGAAAAUGAAUACAAUUUUCGUCACAUUUUAGUCUUUACAGAGCUUUGGUGACGUUCGUCUUAGUCUCAUUUUCGUCAAGGAAAAAAGGGGUCUGACGUCGUCAUUUAAGUUUUCGUCCUGCCUGACGAAAACAACACUGAUUACUCGAUUAAUCGACGGAAUAUUCAGUAGAAUACUCUAAAAUAUUUAGAUUACUAAAAUAUUCAAUAGCUCCAUGAAACAUUCUGAUGUUCGUAGACACCCCUGGUUCUGUUUAUGGGACAAAAAGCCGACUCCUCAUCAUCAGCUACAUGACAUGAUGCAUGAGAAGAGUUGGAGUUGGUGCACUAAAAUGACCUCGACCCUUUUCACACACACACACAAACACACACACACACACACACACACACACACACACACACACACACACACACACACACACACACACACACACACACACACACACACACACACACACACACACACACAUACACUCCCCCCAUAAGGAACUGAGAAAGUUUAACUGUUAAACUGAUAUAAAUAAUACUUCCCCUAUUCUCCCAUUGGAGGUAAAACAGAGAUAGCCCAACGUCCCUUGACAUCAGUGGGUUAUUCGAGCUGUGGUUCUGGAAAUGCGCACUGAAUUUCCCUCUAGGGAUCAAUAAGGUUCUUCUUUUGAAAACAGAGUUGUAUUGUUUUGGCUGUUAGAUGGAAUGUUAACAAACUCUCCAAAAAAUGCUUCACCCAUCAAUUAAAGUUAUCUGUGUGAAGUGUUUAAAUGAUCAUCAAUUAAAGAAAUAAAAUCACCAAAUAUUACAAAGUUUAUUACACAGGGUUCCUACGCUAGUAUGAAAAGUAUGGAAAGAAAUUUUAUCAAUUUGCAGGUCUUAAAAAGUAUUGAGAAUGAAAAAUAAAGUGUGGAAAAAUAUUGAUGUCUCCAGACUAUCACCACAGUUCUAAAAUACUGUUUUCUAAAAUAGAAAAGUAGGUAUUUCCAAAAAUAAUCCUCAAAAUUAGGGUAUGGAAAAGUAUGGAAAUUCCAACUGUGUAGGAAUCCUGCUUACAAGUGUCACAGAAUUAGAGCUGCGGUUUAGAGUUUAUCAAAGAAAAAGGAGAAUAAUUAACUUUGAAGUUGUGCCUAUCCUCCCACUGAGGGGAUCCUCUAGAUCCAUGAAUUCAUCUUUAGGAGCUGAAGAAAGGAGAGACUCCUUACAGAGCUUUGAGUCAGGAUCAAAGUUGUUCAAUUAAAAAACUUUAGGCAGCUUAAAACAUAACAGAUUCUCUACAUCUGACGGCUAGUUUUAAGGGAGCUUCAAAAUGACAGUUAAUAAACAAGUACUCCCUUCUUUAUGACCGUCCUUUUAUUCUUGUAUCUCUUCUCUUAUCUCAUAUUCACCUGGAAUUCAGAUGAAUAUUAGAACAGCUAUAUACGUCAGCAUAACGAAAACCUCCCUGAGUUCAUGCUGCAGCAGCUGGGGAUCGCCUUGGGCCCGUUGCUGCAUGUCAUCACCUCUCUCUCUCUUCUUACUGCCUGUCCUUUUUCUUUUCAGCUGUGACAAUCUGUAGUGAAUCAGGAAUGUGAAAAAAAUCCUCCAGACUCAAAGUUACUCACAAUGAUAAUCUUUGAUGUCUGGUGAAGGUCCAGCUCUAAAAUAAUCAUGAUAAGUUAGACAGCUUAAUUUUUCUCCUAAGCACUUGUCCUAAAAAAUAGAUAUGGUAAGUGAGGGUAGGACAGGAUAUCAAUACAGCAAAAUAUAUGUUUGUCCUGACUUGUGAUACAAUAGUCAAUACACUGGUGCUAAAUAUCGACAGUUUAAUUGAAAAAUGAUGGAGCUCCGAAUGGAUUCUCCCGCCACUUUGACCCAUCGUGUCAUUACUUCAUGACGCCUAGCAGUGGCGCUAUUGACAAUGAAUGAUGGUAAUGUGACGAGAAGUUAAUGGACUGAGGAGGUCGAUAGCGGUAUUAGGAGAGGACAGUGGGCUAUGUAAGAUAGUGGUUAUGCUGAGGGGAAUGGUAGAAGAUGCACUCCAGUCUGUAGAGAGACACAAACCUGUGAUGAUGAGUGGAGUUAAUGGUCCACAGAGUGCAAGUGACAGCUACAGCUUUAUUGACUAAGAGUGGGAAAUGUACUCCCUUGUGCUACAAACUAAAGUGAUGGAGAGACUUACACACUUGCUCAUGUGGCAGAAGUUUGACAGACACGUAAAAAAUGAGUUACUACUAACUUGAUAGGUGUGAUGUCUGAUGUGGUAUCCUGUGUUGUCUUAUCUGGUGUCAGUUUUCCCCCUUUGUGAGCUCAUUUUAGUUUUAAAUUCAAAGUUUUUCUUUGACUAACUCCUGACUGACUUUUGUUUGUUAAUCAUUCUCCCGCCCCGUACUUCUCUGGCCUCACUAGUUGGAGGACGCAGGUUCCAGCAGCCUCGGACACCUCCUAACUCGCUAUAUCUCAGCCAGCACGCAGCACCAGCUGGGCUCCAUGGAGAUGAACCCCUCACCUGGACUGUCAUCGCACUCUUCUGGAUCUUCAGGUAUCUUCAAGUCCAGAGAGAAGAAUUACUUUUAAAUCCUACUCUGUUCUACUCAGAGCCUUGGUGAUGUCAGACUAAGGAUUUACCUUCAGGGUCUAACAUCUAAAACUACUGCCUUAGCUCUGACUGUGAAAUUCUGCCUUUACUUUUAGGUGUAUUGAAAGACUUAAAUAAUGUAAUAAAACAAAAUAAUUGAAUAUAAAAGCCAUUUCUCAAUUUAGUUUUCUUAAAAGAUACUGUACCAGCAGAUGUGUGUGAUUAUGUAAUUUAACAUAUAACAUCAGUUAUAUUACCCUCUUUUUAAUCAUAUCCAUUCGAUUCAUGGUAGAUACUGCCCAUAAAUGUGAAAACACCCCAGGGAAAUUAGAGUUUCAAAUGGUUUUACUGCAGCUGCUUUAUCACCUGUUUCCCGUCUCAUUUUGGUCUGCAGGUCUGUCAAAUGCCCACACACCAGCAAGACCCUCUAGCACAUCCAGCACAGGCAGUCGAGGCAGGUAAGAUCUCAUAAAAGUAUUUUAGUCUGAAGCCGUUAGAAAGAUGAGUCUCUUUGGUCCACUCUGCAUAAAACCUGCAGCUAGUCCGUCAUAGACCGGAGCAGCUGUACAGUGGUUUAAAGAAACAGACACAUCAAACCAGGCAGAGAAGACUCCAGUUUUGAAAAGCUUUCACUGAGGCUCACAGAGUACAUCACAUGCACACCAGGAAUCAGUAUUCGGCACUGACCGACACAGACAAGACUUGCUCAAGGGUCACAGUCAGUAGUAAAUUGGUUUGAUUUUGCCACAGAAUUUCAGCCUAUAUAUUUUUGUUUACAUUCCUCCAUGGUUUGUUGUCUUGUGUGUUUAAGCUGUAGCUCUGCAGGGAGGGCAGGGCCUGGCAGUGGAGCAGCUGUGGAGCAGGUGAGGGUGAAGCAGGAGCCUGGUACUGACAACAGCUACAGCUGUCCGGGUACAUCUAUGAAGACAGAGCGGGGAAAAGAUGCUGGGAGGAGCGCCUGUAUGGUAUGAAUGCUGCUAUUUUUAGAUGCAGAGAUUGGAGAUGUGAUGUUGAACUACCAUACUUACGGUUAAUGGUUAGAUAUACUGGAUUCUGCAAGUGGUCGGUGUGCAUCGUAGUCCAACCUGAUAUGUCUUACCUGUCUAAUGAGUCACUUGCUGAUAACUAAUUGUAGAAAGGAAGUGAAAUAGGAGGAAAAAGUCAUGGUCUUAUCUUCUUUUCAAAAGUUAUAAAAAUGCUUAAAAAAAUAAAGACAGCUAUCAAGUGGCAUUUGUCAUACAGGUCACGACCACAAAACUGGUAUUUGUUUUUGUUUUUCCUCAGAUGAGCAGUCCGGAGGACAGCCCCCUUUCUGUGGUGGGAUCUGUAUCUUCAGGCCCAGAUGCUCUCAAGGCUGUAGGAGAGCGCAUCAAAACAGAACCCCAGUCUGAGACUCCUUGUUUUGGACUUAACGGCUCCAGUGCUGCGACUUCUUCUCCAUCCAAUAUCACUACCUCAUUAACCUCAGAGAAAAGCAGCAGUACAGCAGGGGCCCCUCUAACUAAUGGAAAUGUGGACAAGGGGACAGAGACCACAGGGAGUGGAGCAUCAACAGGAACAGGCAACUCUGGCGGGAAAGAAGAUGACCCCAAUGAAGACUGGUGUGCUGUCUGUAUUAACGGUGGUGACCUGCUCUGCUGUGACCGCUGUCCUAAAGUGUUCCACAUGAAAUGUCAUGUGCCCACCAUCAAAAUCUUCCCAAAGUAAGUGAGCUGUUGCACACUGAUGUCGUGCUGGACGAUCAUGAUUACGAUUUUGGCGUCUCACGAUCGUAAAAACAUAAUAAUUGAAGAAAAAUGAUUAAUGCGUAGCACCUAUGUAAGUUCCUGUGCUGGAAAAACACCUUGAAUGCACCCCUGUUACAUGCGGCUGCAGCAAGUGUGUGACGUGUGGAUCAAAAAUAUGAGGAGCGAGUGAUUGAAAACAUGGCAGAAAGGCAGUGUUUGGUUGAGAAGAAAGGUAGGACGAUUUCAGUUAUCUGGAAACAUUUUGGCUUCAAUUUGACAGAUGUUAAGCAAAAGUAAAUUUUUUGCAAAGUUUAUCACACUGUUGUGUCUGCUCCUUAAAGCAACAUGACCAACUUCAGGGCUUCCCUUCAGCAAUUGAUCGUGGCGUACCGCCACAGCAAAACAAAAGCUGGCACACCUUAAAAAUUAGAGUUUUUUAUUAAUUUAUGUGGCCCUAACUUGGACUCGUAUCAGUAUAUGCAUGCACACAUGGGCACUGCAAUGCUGAGCAUGCGCAUAGUAUUAGCAUUGGCAAGUUGUCGUUGGUGAUCACACAGCUGAUUAAUUUUUCUUUUUUUUCUUUUUCACUUGUUACUAAUUUAUUUUUGGCUGUUCUUUUAAGUUAUAUUUAAAUUUAAGUUUUGUUGGUUCAAUAAAUAAUCGUGUUUAUUAACCGUGAUUCCAAUAUUAGUCAAAAUAAUCUUGAUUAUUAUUUUUGCCAUAAUCGCCCAGCCCCACACUGUUGUGUACAUUUAUUUGAAAAGGAGCGGAGCGGUGAUAGCAUGUAGGACUAGGUGCCUGAAUGUUUGAGUCUUAAGGAGGGUUGGAUGAGGUUUCACUUUGGUGUGUUAAUGGUGUUUUGAUCUACUGGAGCCUACAACACAUGAGAUACAUUUACUUCUUUGUCAUAUUCAACAUGCUUCCUCCCUGACAUAUUUUGGCCACAUGUGUUGCACUGAGUCAUUAUUUUUUGAAUGAUGUUUAGCCAAACCCCACCUGCUCACUGUGGACCACCAAGAUCCUCUUCCACAGCUUUGUUGACAUAGUACAUCGCAAGUGAUAUAAGGUUACCUUGCCACAGCAGGUCCUGGAGAGAUAAGUACAACUUCUGUAGACUGUAAAAAUACUCACAGGUCGAACCCUGAAAGAUUCAUAUUCUUCUGCCAAGAAGCAGAACUGAAAAUUAGGAGCCUUAUUGGAUCCAUAACUAUCAGAAAUAUAGACCAGUUUGAAUUUGGCUUUAAUAUGCAUCCUGGCUCCUCUGACCACAUGUGAACAGAUACGUUAGCUCAUACCUGACAUAAAUAUGCAUAUGGACAAGUGUGUCUGUGACCACCUUAUGUUUUUUUUUCCUCUUACCCAAUAGGGGUGGGAGAAAAAAUCAAUACAGCAUAAUAUCGCAAUAUUUUGUCUCAUUGACCAAGUAUCGAUUUUUCAAAUUAAUUGCUGAUAUGAAGUCAAAUCUGUGAUAAUGGAAAAAUAAAAUCAGCUGUUUGUCCAGUGAGGUUGGCAGAGGUGACAUCAUAGAGCUGGAGAAAGUCAGUGCAACAAAUAUUCAGUAUAUAAGGUUUGCAAGAAGUGCUACAUGAAAAUAAAAUACUGUGUAAAAAAGACAAACAUAAAGGAAAGACAAAUGCUAAAUUAGCUAAACAAUUGAAAAAAAUGCAUAAAUCACAAUAUAUUGUAUCCCAAUACUCACUGUAUUGCUAAAUGUUAAAAAUUACAAUAAUAUCAUAUUGUGGCCCAAGUAGUGUGAUAAUAUCGUAUCGUGGGGCCACUAGGGAUUCCCACCCGUAUUGCCCAACCAAGGACUCUCUCACCCACUCCCUCCUCCUUUAAGACCCUGUGGAGGUACAGCAUGCUAGUUCUGCUGUAUUUCUUACCAUCAUGUCCACACUGUACUGUGAAUGGGGUUAUAUGUGGUCUGCCUUCAAAUGUGGUCAAUCAGAUAUUAUAGUGAACAUAAUCAGUCAUUUGCAUCUGCACUGAGAGCUAUUCACUGGUGAUAAACUAUAUACAAAUUUGUCAGGGUCGGUGUAAAGGGGCUUUGGGUGCAAAAUGUGCUGUAACAAACACAGAAACCUUAUCCUUGAUGUUAUGUCUAAACAAAUCACGGUAUUUAUUUAUCAUCUUUACAUUUUCUCUCCCAGUAGUUGAUCGACGUCAUACAUAUAAAGUUGAUCAAAUAAAAGACGUACUUAAUGUCCUCUGUGUGUCCUUUCUUUCUUUCUUUUUCUUAGGGGUGACUUUCUCUGCACAUUUUGCCGAAGUCUGCAAACCCCAGAGAUCGAGUACUGUGAUGACAGCAGGAAAAUCACAGGGGAGCAGAGUUUAAAUCCUGAGGACCAAAGGGUCAGUCCAGCAGUUGUAACCUCAAAGACCUUUUCAUGAUCGGUAGGAAGUGGCUGAUUCUCUCUCUCCUCCUCUCUCUCUCUCUGCAGAAAUGUGAACGUGUCCUGCUGCAUAUCUUCUGUCAUGAGCUCAGUGUCGGCUUCAGGGAACCUGUUCCCAGCUCUGUGAGUAAUACACACACACACUGACCACUACUAAAUGACUCAAUCCUGUUGCUUUUACCUUUUUCCUCCUCUUCUAUUGAUUAUAUGUGGCAAAGGCUGAACUUCUCUUUUAUUGUUUUAUUAUACAGAGGUUAGAAAUAAAACAGAGCUUCAAGCCUGUCAGACACUGAUAGAUAAAGUUUAUUUACAGUGUAUGUAAACAAGAACAUUUCUGAAAAGGCACUGUAAACACUUGGCUGAUCCACAUUUGUGUCCUGUGUGCAGGCUUUACAUACUGCACUGUGUACUUCUAUUGUAGUAAAUAAUUGAUUGGUUGAAGAACUUUUAAAUUAUUGAUACAGAAGAAGUGAUAGUUAUUACAAGUUAUUAUUUAAUAAGCCUCAUUACAUCCUUUUAGAUCUGCUUAAGAUGAAGAACUGUACAAAUGAACACUUUCAGAUAGCACUAAUUUCUGAGGAAUCUCGUAACAAUGAUUAAAGGGUUUUGAAGAGGUUUAGAAGGAGAGACAGAAUAGAAAUGUCCAUAUUUCAUAGAAUUUAGAGGAGUUGAAAAAGGAUAACAUUUUUUAAGAUGAUUUCGAUUAGAGUCUACUAAUGUUUUAGUUCACUGCUCUUUUAGUGUAGAUAUAAUAUCCUCAGUUUAGUCUUGAUCUAACUUUAUAUGUCCUCUCUUUUGGUUUCCCCUGAAUUUCCUUAAAUUUCCUUUAAGCCGAACAAUGAAGGCAAAACAAGGUUCACCAAAGAGGAUCAGAUCUUUAGUCCCACAACUAUAUAGGCCCCAGACAUUUAGUUUUAAGCCUGGUUUAUACUUAUCAUAGCUAUGAUGUUGAUGUAAGUGUCACAUACUUCUGCGUUGAAGUUUUCAUAUGAGAUAGUUUCAGAUUUACACGCAAUAAAGAAACAAAACUGUGGUUGCUUUUGAGUCUGUCCUCUGCAGACUUUGUGUAAAUAACUCACUGUUUUUUUUGUUUUACACAUUGAUAAAAGCUCUUGGUUCUGUCAUACCUAAAAAGCCUAGACUAUUCAAAACAGUUCACACUGCAGGACAUUUGAUCCCUCUUCCCGAUAACCAGGGAUGUGUUCUUUUACCCACUGUUUUUCUAAACCAGGUACCAAACUACUACAAGAUUAUCAAGCAGCCCAUGGACCUGAAGAAGGUGAAGAAGAAGCUGCAGUUACGGAGCUCCCAGUAUUACCAGUCCAUCCAGGACUUUGUGUCUGAUAUGCGCCUGGUCUUCAAGAACUGUGCAAAGUACAAUGAGGUGAGCAGCAUGAGUCCUAAGCCUGCUUUGGAGAAUGGCAUCUUCUUGUGUGUCUAAGAAUGAGUGUGAGCAUGUUGAAAAGGGUUAGACUGAUAUAAAGUUACACUUGCUACCAUCCACUGAAAUAACUUUGACUGAAUAAUUUGACCAUUUUCAUUUUAAGUUUGAGAGUCAGGGAUGUAUGACAUUGUCGUUAUACCAGUGUCAGCAGAUACUAGUUUAAAAAGUGAUCGAGAAGUAUCAGCUGAUAUAAAACUGUGCCUUUAUGGUGGCUGGUAAGGUGUGACAGCUUUCACACCUUCACACAACAGCUGUACAGAAGCAUUUUAAAGUGUUGGAAAUAUUUACGAAUGUCGGUAUUUGAAAGUAAAUACAACGAUCAACUAGGGCAGAGUCAGUGUGGUCAGUCUUGUUUUAUGUCUGUAAAAGAAAUGGACUGUCACAAUGUAAGUAACAGAUGAAUUCUAGAGCAGGAAAAACUUUGAGCUCCUCACAUUGGGAAAAAAUACUGAUUUAUUCCAUUUGUAUCUCUAUCAGCCAAAAUAAGUUUGAAAAAACAAGCAUUUCGAAUAUCAGCAGAAAUCUGAUAUUGUACAUCUCCACUGGGAAUACAUUUUCAAAACUGAUAGAGCAGUGGUGACAGGGAUUGAUUUAGCCAUACACUACUGUUUGGCACUUCAUAUGACUUCACUGUGCUCAGAGUUGGCACGCUAAUAUAUUAAUCUAACCUUCUGUGAAGACUGAAGUGGGAUGUGGUGCUUGCAGCCUGCAGUGUGCGUACAGUUUUGUACACCUACUAAUACUGGCUGGUGGAUGAUGGAGUGUAAAGGCCGUCACUGUGCUCUCUUCUCUCCUGGCUGCAGGAACACUUGGUGAAUCCUGCUAACACUGUCUGCAUCUCAAUGAUAACGCCAUAGUUUGGGUGGUGAUGAGUGGCCGUUAUCACUUGAUGAUGUCACAUUUCACUUGAUAUUAAAGCACUUUCUUUCCUGGGCGAUGAUGUAUCUUUCUAUCUCUACAUUUUGUUUCUGGUGUUGGAUUCAGUCUGACUACUUUUGCCACCAUUAACCUUCUGUAUGUGAUGAGACAAAGCCUCACCUUAAAAAACUGUCUCUGAUGAUAUGUGACACUUUCCCACCACUAGAGGGGGCUUCGAUUUCACUACCCUGAGACAUGACUUCAUUUAGCCACUGAUGUUAGUGACAGCUCUGAGCUUUGCUGGAGAGUGUCAGCAUGCAUAUGAUGUUGAUAUUUUUCCAAAAUAGACAGUUGAUAUGAUUCUUGGCUUAAAAAGAUGCUGCUGAAUAGUAAACAGGAAGGUAGCAGCACAUUAUAUCUUUAUUAGAGAUUAAUUUAGAUUUGCAUGACCUAAAGACAUAGUCCUUUUUUUUUUUUUACAAGAGGACACUGUACAGUGUGAUUAGAUUAGAUUAGAUUAGAUUAGAUUAGAUUAGAUAAAAUCAGAUUAGAUACAACUUCAUUUAUCCUUUUGGGAAUUCCCUCAAAGAAAUUAAAAAUUACUGACCUACAUUUAAAGUAAUCAGGAAGUCUAGCAUUGUACAUACCACCGCAACUCCAAGGUCACACAGAGUCUCAAAAAGAUUAAAAAAAAAAAAAAAAAACAUAAUUAUAGGGCCCGUCUGUUUUCACUUUGUCAGUGUUGGGUGAGUGAUUAUUUGGGUAACCUAGAAAGGAAAUAACAUUAACCAACAAUUCAACAUUUCCACGGCUGCAGUGUUCACCUGCCGUCCGUUUUGGCUGUAACAGCUGCAUGCGCACCUCAUGAGUUUGAGCACAGAGGGUUGUAAACAGAUUUCUGAUCUGUUUUUAUCUAACUCUUUUUCCCCUUGCUGCUUCACUGUGUUUGUUAUCAUGUGAUUACUCCUCUUUAGAUGUCUCGAAUAAUCCAGGUUUAUGAUGAGGAGAAACAGAUUAAUACGCAGGUAAGCCGUUUCUAAUGGAGCACAGAUGUCCUGCCCCUCUCCCACUGAGGCUACUAGAAAUGUUUUGUUUUUUUGAAAAAAUGAAACAGUUGUUUCAACCAACACCUCCGUGUGCUAAUUGAGUAAAGUGACUUCAGCCAGCUGAGUUAGAUUCACCAUCAUAAUUCUCUGCUUUGACAACUAUCUGAGGUCAGAUUUUAGGUUUUAGGGCCGGACCAUUCAUCAAAGUUUCUGAAACAGAUAAUCUGAGAAACCACUCCAUCAUUACCCCAGCUGCGUGGAGAUGAGAUUACAUACCAUUACCAUGACAACAACAAGAAUAACAACUAUAUGUAUGUUUAUAGCACCUUUUAAAAACAGAAGUAUGCAACGUGCUUUGACGGACAAAGCUGAAUAAUAAUAAAAAAUAAAUAAAUGAAAAAUAAUUAUAACAUCAAAGGAGAAAUUGAUCCUAUAAUCAUGGCAAAUAAAAUAGGGCAAAAAUACCAGCAAUAACAGCAUUCAAGAACAAUAAAGAUUCCCAUGGAGGCAAAAGUAGGUCAAAAAAAAAAGACGACACAAAUUAUUGACGUACUUCUGAACCACUCACAUAAUGUUUGAUCAGCUUUCACCAAAAUGUACACUAUUCGUGUUAUCUCUAUUUCAGUUCCUCAAUGAUAAUGAGUGUUUAUGUAAAACAAGAAUACAUGUGUUUAAAAUGUCCCUUUACACUAGUUAAGCCUGAGGUAAUUUUACAGACAACAUACUAUUGAUCUGGUUCAUAAAUACUUUAUUGCUCUUGAUUCAUAGAUUUGCGUGCGUGCGUGCUUGCGUGUUUGUGUGAAGAUAUGACUGACACAUCAAAGACUUGAUAUGAUGGAUCGUGUUAAAAAUCUCUGAGCUAUGGUAAAAGUUACUGUAAAUGGGGGCACCAAAAUGGGGAGUAAAAGUAGAAGGAUUCUAGGGGCCCAUGAUUGACUGGGGCACAGAGAUGCCCCUAAGACAAUUACUAUACUGACAAAAAUGAUCUCUAUUCACGUAAAAUGGUUCAGUCCAUCUGUUCCGUUUCACCGACGCUAAGUGCUGAUUUUUCACAGACAGCAAGUGGAGGGACAGAGAGCAUGAUGCCUCAAAAAUCUAGGCGCCCAAAACGAAAGGAAGAAAGCUCGAACAGGAGAAUGAAGCAAGGGGUCGACAGUAUGUCACACAGUCCUCUCACAGUUCAAGUGGGUCUGUUAGUGGUUCAUGUGAUGGGAAGUUCUGGAACAUUAGCCUGUUGUGUAUUACUAACUUUGUCCAUAGUUUAUGAACUAGCUCACUUUUUUAAUCCCAGAUUAGCUCAUAUUUCUGAAGCCCAGGUACCCCCUGAGGAAGGAGGUGAGCAACUGUGUGUUAGUGUUGUAUUGGGCGCGCCUGAAUCACUCAGAGGAGAAUAAUACAGGAGAGUAUGGUUCACUGAGGGAUACACUUUUAAGUAGUGUAUAAAAUCCAGUGAAUUUCAGUGAAUGUACUGUGGUCUGACUAUUCAGUGAGCGCAUCACUCACUGAAUGCAUCACUCAAUAAACUUAUCACUCCAACAUCGUUCGGCAGGAGACACACUUAAACAGGAGUCAAGCCAUAUAAACAAACACACACCUCCCCUUGUUUUAACAGUUUUAGUUUCUGGAUAAACAAACUCAAAAUGUCAUGUAACAAAUAGACCUACUGUAUAAAACAAGAAGCAUUAGAACAAAUUUAAGUGAGUGAUUAAUGGCUGGAAAAAAAGAAGUAGAACAAAUAUCCUAAAAAUGUCAAAACUAUGAAUAUAAUUGAAAUAUAAGAAUUAUCAGCCUCGCAGCAAAUAAUUGAAUCUAAAUGAAUUUAAUUGUGUUCAGCGCUUCCCCUACUAACUAACUGUCAUGGUGUUCAUGUCACAAAUAUGGGAAUGAUGAUCAAAAAUAUCAUUAAGUUGCAGUUUUAUGAAAAAUAGUCCCAGAAUUUUCUGCCAGUCUUACAGCCAGCUAUGGGAAGCCCAAAAAGAUUUCUUUUCAUGGGGCCCAAAAUCCCUGGCAGCACCCCUGACUAUGAGCACCAGUAUGAGAUAUCACCUGAGGUGCAGUGUAUGUCUAUGUGAGUGAGUUUUCUACAAAGCUUUAAAGAAAAAAGCAGCAAUGAAAAUCUUUGGUUUUGUUUGGGUUUAUUUUUUCUGAGAAAUCAAAUAUCGGUGGAAUUGUAGGAAAGAAGAAGUCAAAAUAAACAGUUUAAAAAAUACAAGGGUCAUGUAUUGUCUGAGCUGUUCAGCAUAAACCAAAUUAAAAAGUCUAGGUCACCACAUCACCCGCUUUAGCUGAAUUCUCUCAGAAAAUGUUGAAUUAUCCUACAAAUUACCACAAAUUCGUAGAAUAUGGGCCAAUAACUUAAGAAGUUUUGAGACUUAACUGAAUCAUUUCAAAGUCAUAAACUUAAACCACAUACCCUCUUUAAAAGCUGAAGGGUGUUUUGUGGCAGUAUGGAGACUCAUUUGAAUGUUUAUCUUUAAUAUGGAGGGAUUACCGCUACACGUUUAUUCUCAAAUUCUGACCCAGUUCUGGUUUGUUUGUCUUUGGACUGGGAAGAAAACUCUGUUUAAAUGUCAAGCAGCUUUCAUGACAGUGACAGUCUGUCAUUGCAGCUGCCACUCUGAGGCCUCUCUUUAUCUUUAAGGUCCAAUUCUGCCCAAAGACAUCAGGGCAGUAUUAAUGUAGUCACAUUUAAAAGUAGGUGGGAUGGACAGUGGGAUGGAGCGGCAGGACAUCUCUGCUCUGUACAGCAAGGUUGAGCCAGGGCCGCCUUGCCACCAACAGUGUUAACCAGAUCUAAUUUGUCUCCUCAUUCUCUUCUUCCUCCUCCCUACUUCAACCCACUCACUCCUCUUGCUCAACGUUACUUUUCACACCUGCUUCCUCUUUACUGCUCCUUCCCCUCUUCCUCUUCUGCCCUUCUCCUCCUUCUUCUCCUCCUCUGGCAGGUGGGAUCAGAGAUGGCGAUAUCAGGCAAGGCAGUAGGCCUGUACUUUGAGGAGAAGCUGCAGGAUAUGUUCCCGGGCCAGAUCUUCCCUGAGGUGUCUGAAUCCGAGUCCCCGGAAACACAGGAGAAGCAAGACAAUGACACAGAAGACUCUGAUGACGACUUCAUACAGCCAAGACGCAAGCGGUUAAAAACAGAUGAGAAAGUGUUCCACAUAAAGUGAGAAAAAGCCACAGAAGAAACUCGAGGAGUGAAAAACUGUCUUCCUCACGUCCCACACUUCUCAUGUGUUUAAGGCAGCAUAUUAAAAGGACAGGACUCGCUUGUACAAACUGCUUGGUCUAUCUCAUCCUUGCCUUCAAAAGAAAUUAAUGUCAACUCCAUUAGACGUCUGCCUUUAUCAGAACUCUCAAGGACAGAAACAUAGAAGAGCCGCAUCCCUCUUCAUUUCAUGGACACUAAAGAACUCGCCUGUACAGAGUUUGAAGUAGGACUUGUUUUGCAGUAGUUAAUGAUUGGUUGUUUCUUUUCUAUCAUCCAUUUUCAUUUGUAGAUUUGUUGUGAGUUGCUUUAUAAAGCAUUUAAAUUCCCUGUUUCCAGUUCUUAAUGUAUUAUAUCGAUACUUUGACCUGAAACCCACCAAGUAUUUGUAUGAGUUUGUGGAAGCGUUAUGUAAAUAAGAGAAUCUAGCCCGAUGAAGGUAUUCCUACAGUAUAGAUGUUUGGGUGCGUCAUCAAUAAAACCUGUUCUUGGAAUAUAUCAAAGAAAAAUGUGUGGUGUGGAGUAGGUUUGGAGAUGCAGGAGAGUUUUUGAACAUGCUAACCAACCAGACAAUGAGAAAAAAGAUGUUCAGAUGAUUUGGUUUUGAUGUGGCUGAUAUUCAAGAUAUCUAUUGUUUAAAACCUUUUCAAUAUGACUGAGGUGGUGGAGGACACAUCUGACCUGACAAACAGCAAACCAGACAAUUACACGGAGAUUGCAGUUUUUAUGGGAGUACUUUGAAUGCAAAAGGAACAGGGCCCAUGUUUGCCGUCACGCUAACAAAGUUUUUUUCAGUUCUCAGAACUCAAAGCUGGUUUGAAGUGGUGCAGAGGACAUUCUCUGUAUGCAUCGAUGUACAGGACAAACCCAUUGACUGUACAUAGAUGGACGCCGUCUGCCUCCUCGCUGGGUGAAGUCACCCCGAGAACAGCACCCUCUGGUGAUGGACUGCAGUAUAGGUCAUAAACCGCGCCUCCUUCAGAAAUCCCUAUGGAGCUGUGGACAAUCUUAAGACAUGAAUUACACAGAAUAUAAAUGUAUCUCCCCCCUGGCUGUGAUGUUGACAUGUAGUUACUGUAAGACUGUUUUGUGCUCAAGUCCUCUUUUUUUCUGUACAGCUUCGUUUUUAAAAGUUAUAAGGGGGUUCAUGUUUUCUAUGAAUGACACUUGAUACAGCCUAUGGGUGUACGAAGAUUGCGUAGCUCACCCAGGGGAUACAUUGUUUGAGAUGAGUGUCAUCACAGUGACUCUCGGUGACUCUCCCACCGAAUGCGUACAAUGCUACUGCGCAAGUGAUGGUUCCAGGAAGUGGAGAAAAUCCUGGAAAUGCCAAAAGCAAUUCAGC